CCCUUGUUAUUGACAGGUUUGAACGGAACAAGGGUUGUCACUUUUGGAAAAAUAUUGUGUAGUCCGAAGUAAGAAGUUGAAAGAAGGGCCUAAGUGCACGUUAAUGUGAUGUCGCCUAUUCCAUCAAACAAAGCGUCAAUAGUAAUAGUGGUGGCAGCAGUGGUGGUUGUGGUACUACCUCUUUUUCUCUCAGUUGUUAAACACAAGGAAUUCAGUUUCUCUCGAUCUCAACAAUCAUCCAUGGCCACUGAGAAAUUUGGAGUGAAGAUUCAAAAGAAUCCUCCGGAAUCCAAACUCACUGAACUUGGUGUGAGAACAUGGCCCAAAUGGGGAUGCGGUCCAAGCAAAUUUCCAUGGGAAUUCACUGCCACAGAGACUAUGUUUCUGCUGGAUGGGAAAGUCAAGGUUUAUGUGGAUGGUUAUGAUGAAUCGUUUGCAAUUGGGGCUGGUGAUUUGGUUGUAUUCCCUAAAGGCAUGAAAGUUACUUGGGAUGUCACUAAAGCUGUGAACAAGCACUAUAGCUUGGAAAAGUAAUGUAUCUAAGCCAGAUGUUGCUUUGGAAUAGUAUUAUCCAUGUUGUAAUAGGUUUUUACCUAAAGUUGGAUGACUGGAGUAUGUGGUGUAUUCUCAUGAAUAAGUUUCUAUUUUGCAGUACUUCUAACCAACGUUUUAAAAGUUAUCACUGUUGAAGGUUUGAUCUA